AAAUGUUUAUGUGUCAGGCGGCCAGAGUUGGAGGUUAUGUUCAUAAGUUGUCCGGUGCAGGGGUCAGAAGAGAGAAAAAAAUCAACUUGGCACGUGAAAUUUCAGUAAUAAUUGUUGAAAAAUGGCAGCUGAUGACGAAAGCAAAAAGUUGGUUUCGUUGUUGGGACUUAGCGAGCAAAAAGCAAAGGAGACCUUGAAGAAUGCAGCUUUAUCGAAAGUUAUUUUUACCGCGCUCUCCUACGUUCCUGCGGAGGACCUCAGCACCAUCGGAGAACGUGGCCUACUGUUGUACCAGGUGUGUUGCAAAAUAAAGCCGCAAAUCGUCCACCAUCUGGAAUUUCUGGUCCGGAACGUCGUCGAGCGAAAACUGAACACCGGCGUACGAGUGGACGCGGCACUUGAGUUUUUGUUGGCCAACGGUACCUCCCGGGAUGUGGACGUGGCCCAAUUCGAGAAAGCAUGCGGCGUCGGUAUUGUGGUCACGGCGGAAGAAAUCGAUCGGGCCGUCGAGAAAGCCAUCGGUUCUCGAAAGGACGAUAUCGUACAGCAGCGGUACCGCUACAACGUCGGCAAGAUGCUGGAAGAAAUUCGUGGCAGUUUGCCGUGGGCCGACGGAAAGGCCAUCAAGAAUGAGGUUGAUGUGCAGAUAUUCGACUUGCUCGGACCGAAAACCGAAGCGGACAACGCGCCCUUGCCGAAGGCCGGGAAGAAGGCUAAGAUUGCCAAACCGGCGGCUGAUACGGAACAGGCCAAACAGGCGACAAGCGCAUCGAAAACGAUUGCCGAGUUGAUGGAAACGGUUCACUUCCAUGCGCCCGGCGAGAACCACAAAACGGACGGUUACGUUAUUACCGAUCGCACGAGCACGCUUUUGAAGGAGCAUUUGCAAAGGACGGGUGGUAAGGUUCGAACGCGCUUCCCGCCAGAGCCCAACGGAAUUCUCCACAUUGGCCAUGCUAAGGCAAUCAACAUCAACUUCGGAUACGCGUCGUCUAAGGGCGGAAUCUGCUUCCUACGGUACGAUGACACCAAUCCGGAAAAGGAAGAGGAAAAGUUCUUUAUCGCCAUCAAGGACAUGGUGGAAUGGCUCGGUUACAAACCGUACGAGAUUACCCAUUCUUCGGAUAACUUCCAACAGUUGUACGAGUGGGCCGUCGUUCUGAUCAAGAAAAAUCUAGCUUACGUGUGCCACCAGAAAGCGGAAGCCAUGAAAGGGUUCAAUCCGGAACCGUCCGAGUGGCGUGACCGUCCCAUCGAGGAAAGCCUGCAGUUGUUUGAAGAUAUGAAAAAUGGUAAAAUCGAAGAAGGUGCCGCCACGCUGCGAAUGAAGCUCACACUCGAAGAGGGCAAAGUCGACCCGGUGGCCUAUCGGAUCAAGUUCGUCCCGCAUCAUCGAACCGGCGACUGGUGCAUCUAUCCUACCUAUGAUUACACGCAUUGCCUUUGCGACAGCAUCGAAGACAUUACCCACUCGCUCUGCACCAAGGAGUUCCAGUCGAGACGGUCGUCGUAUUACUGGCUUUGCAACGCACUCGACAUCUACUGUCCCGUGCAGUGGGAAUACGGCCGAUUGAACGUAAACUAUACCGUCGUUUCAAAGCGCAAGAUUGCCAAGCUUAUUACGGAAGGAAUCGUCGAGGACUGGGACGACCCAAGGCUGUUCACGCUGACUGCGCUCCGUCGGCGUGGUUUCCCACCGGAGGCCAUCAACAACUUCUGCGCCCAGAUGGGGGUGACCGGUGCACAAGCCCACGUGGAUCCUUCCGCUUUGGAGGCGUGCGUUCGCGACGUGCUAAACGUUACGGCUCCGCGCGUCCUGGUCGUUUUGGAACCGCUCAAAGUGACCAUCACCAACUUCCCGCAUGAGGCUCCUGUUUCGAUUUCCGUGCCUGAUUUCCCCAACAACCCCCAAAAAGGCUCCCACAACAUUUGGCUGUCCAAGGAGUUGUACAUUGAACGUACGGAUUUUGCCGAGUUUCCGGACAAAAGCUACCGCCGCUUAACCGCUGCUCAGCCCGUUGGCUUGCGUUACGCUGGAGUUGUCAUCAAGGCGCAAGAGAUAAUUCGAAACCAAAACGGUGAAAUUAUCGAACUCAAAUGUGUGUGUGAAAACAUUGAAAGCGCCGAGAAACCGAAAGCAUUUGUGCAGUGGGUUUCGCAGCCGGUUCCGAUCGAAGUGCGUUUGUACGAGAAUCUGUUCAAACACAAAAACCCGGAAGAUGCUGCUGAGGUUCCGGGAGGUUUCUUGAGUGAUUGUAAUCCCGAUUCACUGCGCGUCGUCACAUCUUAUGGGGAUGCGUCUAUUCUCACUGCUAAAGCCUACGAUAAGUUCCAGUUUGAAAGAAUUGGAUAUUUUUCUGUUGAUCCUACUUCAUGCGAAGGUCAUUUAGUUUUUAACCGCACAGUCACUCUGAAGGAAGACUCCGAGAAACAUUUGUAAUGCAUAAUUCAUGUUUUUGAAAAUAAACGCUUUUGGUUCAACAA